AUGGACUUCGCCUCCCUCAUGUCGAAGGAGAUAUCCAAGGCCAAACCCGAACCCUCGUCGGAAAAGAAGUACAUGAAAAGAGCAGAUAUAGAGGCAGCCCGAGUCGCAAGCUACAAUGCAGAGCAAGAAAGGCUGCAGCGAGAACGAGAAGAACGCGCAGAGCUGAAGCGGAAACGGGACGAGGAUGAAGCAGAGCAGAACCGACUACGCGACGAGAAGAGAAGACGGCUGGCCGAAGAGUCAAGGGCGAGACGGGAGGCAGAACAGGAAGAGAAGGAAAAAGAGCGCCGGAAACGACUGGGCUUGAGUGAUGAGCCUGCCGGCGAGAAGGACGACCAGGCUGCCGCUGGCGGGGACUUGGAUGACAGUGAGCUGAUCGAUAAACUGCGAGAGCUGGGAGAGCCGGCACGAGUCUUUGGAGAAAGCCACAAGGGAAGGCUGAAGAGAUACAGGCGGCUGGUUGAGAUAUCGUCCAACCCUCCAAAGCGACUUACUGACGGGCCCAUUCCCACCACCCUGGAGCUUCUCCCCGAGUCGGAGAUGAGAGUCCCGGACAAGAUACCAACGGACCCGGAAGGGAAGAAAUACAUGUUCAGACAGCUUGCUUCCUACUUUACCUUGGUCCUCAAGGAGUGGGAGAUCGCACUGGCACAGCGAGACGACGCCGUCAAGCAAACUUUUCAGGGAAAGCAGGCCUACAAUGCCAUGGUCCAGUCGCGCGAGAACAUGCGCCCUCUGUUUAAGAAAUUCGAGAACGGAGACAUAGGGGAGGGAAUCCUCGAGCCCGUCGUUGAGAUUGUGCGAAAUGCCCAAAAACGCCGUUAUGUUGAUGCCAACGACGGAUAUCUCACGUUAAGCAUCGGGAAAGCGUACGUACACCUCACCCUAGAUCUAAUCAAGAACACUCACUAUAUCUAA